UGACGUCGAAUUAGUCAUCGAGCAAAACAAAAGUGUCUGGUUGAAGAUAUUCUGAGAUUUUCUCAAAUUUUUUCCUUACAAAUUCUGUGAUUCCACCACUCAAAUAGUCUAAAAAGAUGAAUCGCUUGUUUGGGAAGGCCAAGCCCAAAGAACCUCUGCCCAGCAUCAAUGAUUGCAUCCAGGGAGUUGACGCUCGGGCGGAUUCUGUGGAGCAGAAGAUCAGCAAGUUGGACACGGAGCUGCGCAAGUACAAGGAUCAAAUGGCAAAGAUGCGAGAGGGUCCGGCCAAGAAUGCUGUGAAGGCAAAGGCAAUGAGAGUCCUGAAGCAGAAGAAGAUGUAUGAGAGUCAAGCAGAGAAUCUGAGAAAUCAGUCUUUCAACAUGGAGCAGGCAAAUUAUGCCCACCAAACGCUGAAGGACACUCAUGCAACUGUGGCAGCUAUGAAGGAUGGCGUGAAGAGCAUGAAGAAGGAGUUCAAGAAGAUCAACAUCGAUCAAAUUGAGGAUAUCCAGGAUGAGAUGGCGGAUAUGUUGGAGCAGUCGGAUGAUGUUCAGGAAGCCCUCGGGCGCACCUAUGGCAUGCCAGAACUUGAUGACGACGAAUUGGCGGCAGAACUGGAGGCCUUGGGCGAUGACAUCGCUCUGGACGAUGAUUCGAGCUAUUUGGAUGACGUCGUGAAGGCUCCAGAGGCGCCGGACAAGGAGCCCGGGGCGGACAGUGUGGUGAAGAACAAGGAUGGCAUCCCGGUGGAUGAAUUCGGGUUGCCCAUGAUCCCAGCCUCUAUGAAGACCACAUAAACUGUCCAGAGGUGAGCAUAUUCUUGUAUUAUAUGUCUUGUUUGUCAGUAGAGAUCAAAUAUGUUUCACUGAGCUUUGGAAUACACAAUAAAA